AUGGCACGCAUGACGCCUGUGAUGUCGGUGUCGACGUGCGAAUCGUUCUAUCACAGGUACUCUCGACGAAAGACUAUCCAGAAUUGCAGGCUGUUACGUUUCGUACCAUCUUCCUCGGCCUCGGGUUCUCAGCCUUUGGAGCAUUACUACUUCAAGCCGCAGACUCUAUCGGUCUCCAUACUGCUUCUUCUGGUCCUAUCGUACUGGUUUGGUAACGCGAUGCACAUAGCGCUGCCUUCUAAAGGCAUAUUCAAGUUUCUCAACCCAGGCCCCUUCAACAUCAAGGAGCAUGUCGCUAUAGUCAUCAUGACCUCCACCGCAUCCACUUCCGCCACUGCGAUUCAGGUUAUCUCCGUCCAAGCGUUGUUCUACGAUAACAACAUGAACGCAGGCAUCGCCAUCUUCACGCUCAUCUCAUCACAGUUGAUAGGCUACGGCUAUGCCGGUUUACUAUCCGACAUUUUGGUCAAGCCAACGAAAUGCUUCUGGCCUGCGGAUAUCUACACCGCAAACCUCUUCCAAGCUCUGCACUACGACAGGCAGAUGACCUCCAAGCGCGUCCGACUAUUCUGGAGUACAUUCGCAAUUGUCUUCUGUUGGGAGAUCAUCCCCGAGUGGCUCUUUCCCGUUCUGACAGGCGUCUCCGUCUUUUGCCUUGCGGACAAUCACAGCGCGACGAUUCGCAACAUCUUCGGAGGAGCUAGCAAUAAUGAAGGCAUGGGCCUUUAG